AUGCCUAUUGUUUCUGUAUGCAUUAAGACAGAAAGUAUAAAAUUAAACUGGAUUGGUGUUCCUAUAGCUAAAAAUAUUACAGUAAGAUGUUUUUAUAAAGAUCUUAUUGCAGGAAACAUUGUUUCUGAGGUGCAGUUUAAUCAUAAAGAUUGUCUGCAACUAGUUAAAGUAGAGUUUUCAUUUAACACAACUGGGCUUUUUAAUGUUAUUAGUAUGGAAUAUAAUAUAAUUGAAGCAAUUGAAGCUUGGAGAAACAGAGUGCAGUAUUAUCAAACAAAUAGUUUAAUGUUACCAUCUUCUGAAAUGUCAAUUAAUGUUUUUGAACAAAUGAUGAACAAUGCUACCAACUUUAAUCAUUUACUAACAUUUACUAUCUCAGAACAAUUAAAUGCACUAGAGAAAUUAAGAUAUGAUAUUGUUGAAUAG